UCUCAAAAUUGCAUUUCCACGUCAGUUUUAUUUAUUAUCAUUUAUCAUUAUCAAACAUAUUGUGGAAAUGGUGCCUCGCCUAGUCAUACUCUCACUGGCUGUCCUGGCCAGCCUCCAGCUCUGCCAGGCGGACUCUCCCGAGGAGGAUCAGGGCGUCCGGUAUGCCAAUCGCUGUGAGGCGUGCAAAAUUCUGGCCGCGGAGUUGGAGGCGCGCCUUGGGGAGACCGGCAAAUCGCACGACGUGAUUGAGACGGGCUACUCUGUGGACGAUGUGCGGCCCAAGAAGCGCACUGAGUACCGCAGAAGCGAACUCCGUCUGCUGGAGUCGCUGGAGAAUGUCUGCGAACGCGUUCUGGCCUACAAUCUGCACAAGGAGCGGACGGACAGCACGAGAUUCGCCAAGGGCAUGUCGCAGACAUUCCAAACGCUGCACGGCCUCGUCGACAAGGGUGUCAAGGUGGACCUGGGCAUACCCUACGAGCUGUGGGACAAACCACCCGUCGAGGUCACCCAAAUGAAGACCCAAUGCGAGAACAUGCUCGAGGAGUACGAGGAGACCAUAAGCGAUUGGUACUUCAAGCUGCAGCAGGAGAAGUCUCUACGGCAGCAUCUCUGUGAGGAUCAUGUGCUGAAGAAGCAAGCGGAACGUGAGUGCCUCAAGGAGGAGCUGCCACCACCAGAGAACAAUCCGAAAGGUGACAAACAGGAGCUGUAAUGACCAGCCCCUUACAGAUUACCCCACACAUGAUCAAGUUUAGUUAAGUUUAGUGCCAAGUGAAAAGUGUUUUAAUUAGAUUUUAAGUAGACUUACGCGAGUCGUGUCCACCUCGUCUGAGCCACAGAAUGUUACUGAAAAUGCCUCGACUCAGUGGCCGCGAGGUGGGCCGGCGGGCCUAUUGAUUUGCUCGACAAUUAAAAAGUUGAGUGACCCAAAAGGAGGUCACUCCAUUCCACCCAUUGUCAGUAUUUUGCGACCGUCCUUCUGCAUUUCCGUUGAUGUCCUGUCCUGUCUUGUCCUUGUGUCUUUUUUGUAUAAUAAAUACGUAGCGUAUAUUUAGAAAAUAAAAAA